AUGCGGACGUUAGGUGUUAGUAGCUGGAAGGAGGAAAGACAAAAGAUAAAUCUCUGUUGCAACACGUCUGGACGUGGUAAAGACGGCAAAGUUAAGGGAAAGGCAAAGUCCCGUUCGUCUCGAGCUGGUCUGCAGUUCCCGGUAGGACGUAUCCACCGUCUGCUGCGGAAAGGAAACUAUGCCGAACGAGUUGGUGCUGGUGCUCCCGUGUGUUUGGCAGCAGUAAUGGAAUAUUUGGCUGCUGAAGUUUUGGAAUUGGCAGGAAAUGCAGCUCGUGACAACAAGAAGACCCGUAUCAUCCCGCGUCACCUGCAGUUGGCCAUCCGUAACGACGAGGAGUUGAACAAACUUUUGUCCGGUGUUACCAUUGCCCAGGGAGGCGUCUUGCCGAACAUUCAAGCCGUGCUGCUACCAAAGAAGACCGAAAAGAAGGCUUAAAAUUCAUAUUGACCCCGCUAUGAAGAAAAAAUCCGUCCUUUUCAGGACGACCAACCACUUCAAAGAGGAGUUAAAGCAUUUAUUUAGUACCUUUUCUGUAUUUAUUUACCAUACAAAAUUAUUCCUGUAGAAGGGGGGAUUCUUGUCAUUACCAAUUUUACAAAGAAAUUUUUAUU